GUGUUUUAAACUAGAUUUUUAAAAGAUUUCUCAUUUUAACACCUUGGACAACUGUAUUUGUCAAUGACCCAUAAGUAUUUGAUAAUGUCCGGGAUAUUCAUUAGCUACAUAUAUUUACAACAUUUACAAAUUAUUGAAUAUUAGAUCAAAUUGCCUCAAAAUCAACCUUUAGACAUUACAGAGGAAACAUUUGUGGUGAAUAGUGUCAGACAGGUGUUUAGGAAAGUCCUUUGUAGUUUUUUGAUGCUAUUUAGUGUUUUGGGAAAAAUUCAAUUAAAGGAGACUUUCACCCACGGAGACUUUAGCCCCGAUGUACCCUAUCACUAUAACUUUUCUGAUUUGAUUCCGAUUCUUUUGGGUAGGCCUAUAUGUCAGUUAUAAUGCUCAUUUUGCUUACAUUUGAGAGCAAUUUGACAAUUCUCAAUGCCAAUUUCGAUACCACAACAAAAUACUAACUAAUUUGAGUAAACAUUGUUUCAAGUAAUCAAGUAAUUAUUCAACACAAGUAAAGAGUCAGUACUCAGUAACAGGCAUAAUGAAAGAAAACAGAAACAAAUUACAAGCAAUAAAACAAAUAAAACAACAGGACAAAGAUUCAAUUUAAGAAAACAAGUAAAACAAGUAUUCAAGUAAACAUUCAGAAACUAAGAAAAAAAAAUUAAAUAAACAUAAAAAAUAAAAAAAACAAACAAAAAAAACAUAAAACUACUCAUAUUAGGCUAAUGGUCUUCAUUCACUAUAUGGUUAUAAUACAUUAAUACUUUUUAAAGCUACUAAAGUUAUCCAGCCAAUAGCAGCACGUAGUUUUCUUGUUAUUGUUGUUUGAUUAAUAUUAACAACAUACUUGACAGCAGCAGGUAGGCUUCAUUUACACCUCAAGUCCAAUGUUUUCAUACAAAUCCAAUUUUUUUUUCCUGCCAUUUAUGUUCACUUUAGACAUACAGUAAAAGAAUGUGUAUACAUUAAAGGAAUAGUUCACCCAAAAAUAAAGAUUCUCACAUCAUUUUCUCACCCUCAUGCCAUCUCAGAUAUUUUACCAAAAUUUUGAAGCUCCAAAAAGCACAUAAAGGCAACAUAAAAGUAAUCGUAUAAGACUCCAGUGCAUAAAUCUAUAUCUUCAGAGAAAAAGAACAAUAUUUAAGUCCUUUUAUUACAUUCAAUAUCCACUUUCACAUUAUUAUUUUGUUUGUGGCGAUUCACAUUCUUGCAUAUUGCCACCUACUGGUAGCAGGGAGGAGAAUUUAUAGGAGAAAAAAGGACUUAAAUUAUGAUCUGUUUCUCACCCACAUCUUUCAUAUUAAACUGCUGAAGUCAUAUGGGCAGUGGCGGCUGGCCACUGAGCAACACACACACACAAAAUAAUAAUAAUAAAUUAUAUAAACUGAUAUGAUAUGAUAGAAAAUCAUCUGUGCAAAAUAUAUGCUUUCCCUCAUGUUCCCCCUCCUGUCCGCAUGUCUCAAGUUCAGGUCUGGGGCAAUAGAGAUGAUCGCCCACAGGAGGUGGGUCUAUGUAGCAAUUUAGCCAAUUGCUGAUUCAAGAUAUGAACAUAUUCAAGAUAGGACAUAAACUUUAGCCAAUCAGCGUUCUCAAAUCUAAUCCGAAAAGGGCGAUUAUUUUAUCGCCCCUAACGAGCCACUGCUAAAGUCAGGACUAAUCUGUAGGGGUGCCAUUUUAACUACAUGACAGUGGCAAGCGCAAUUAUCACUGCUUCCAGACCCAACCCUAACUCUGUAAAAUCUCUCUUCCAAAGUCCGUUUGAGAGGAGAACUUUGGCGGAAAAACCAGAGGUGAAAGAGCUGGGCCCAGAUCAACCUGACCUCACAAUCAGACAGCAGGCUAGCGAAAAAGGGAAGCCGUACAUGCGAGGCUUCUCUCAUAGUUGGUACACCAAAAAGGCCUGGCUAUGUGGAUGCAGUUAUGCUAAUGUGUUAUUUUGCUUUCCGUGCUUGCUUUUUAAAACAACGGGGACAGAUCCAGCAUGGACAGCUACGAGAGUGAGAGAUAUGAAGCACCUUUCCAUUCCCUCUCUGUGUGGGGACAGCGCAUCUGACCAGCAGCACCAGCCCAUAAAGCGACGGAGGAUGCUGGGACCAGGAGAACAACAGGGGCUGGUUGUGGUAUGUGAUACCAACCUGAUGGAUGCCAAGGAGCGGUUCUCCUUCACCCAGCACCUCAUCAGCGCAACACUGUUGCAUGGAGAGUUGUUCCCACAACACAGUGUUAAGUUCCCUGAUGCAGCGCUUGAAACAACAGUGGAGGCGUACCCUAUGCUGAACAAGGCCAAGCUCAAAACAGAACUGUCCCUCAUCUAUGAGAACAGUGAGUUCAAGGCUAGCAGUGGUGCAGUGCCUCUGUACCAGUUUUCCAUGGAGAACAAACUUAAGAGUACUUUCUCAGAGACUGUCAGUCUUCUCAAGAUCCUUAUCACCACACCCAUGACAACAGCAGAAUCAGAGAGGUGCUUCUCUACUUUGAAGAGGAUCAAGACUUCCUGAGAAACACAAUGACACAGGAUCGCCUUGAUGCUCUGGCUAUGCUUUCCAGGAAAAGAAACUUGACAGGGACAUUCCUGACUUCAGUAGGAAAGUCAUUGAGAAGUUUGCCAUUCAGAGGGAGAGAAGAGCAAAAUUCCUGUACAAAUAAGCUGUCAGGAAAACAUGCAGGUUUUUUCACCACAUUGAGUUUUCUUGUACAUGGUUGUCCUCAGUCUCAUUUGUUUAACUUGAUCAUGGAGGCAUAACCAUUUAAUUGAGACCGGUAAAUUAAUUCCUCAUAGCUGUUUAAUGAAUAACCAGGUGUCAAGCAGAUGUACUCAAACUUUGACUGGUAGUAUACAUUUAUUCAUGUUGAGCCCCAGUGUGGUGUUUUUGUGUAUAGUUGACAUUUUAAAAUAAAUCUCAAAUAAUUCCAUGUGUAAGAGGUCAGUUGACAUUUACAAGAUUGUUUAUUAUUUUGAAUAUUUCCUUCUCUUAAAGGGACAGUUCACCCAAAAAUGACAUUUCUGUCAUCAUUCACUCACCCUCAUGUUGUCCAAAACCUGUAUGACUUUCUUUGUUCUGCAAAACACAAAAGAUAUUUUGAGAAAUGUCUCAAUGUUGUUUUUGCCCAUAUAAUGGAAGUCAGUGGGCACCAAUGUUGUUUGGUUACCAACAUUCUUCAAAAUAUCUUCUUUUGUGAUCCACAGAAGAAAGAAAGUCAUACAGGUUUGGAACAACAUGAGGGAAUGAUGACAGAAUUGUCAUUUUGGGGUGAACUAUCCCUUUAACUGUUUUUCUUAAACUUUCACUGUUUUGCAUUAAAUCAUACUGGGAUGGUUGCUGAAAUUCUUGUAUGUGGUACAGCCCUACCUAGAAAAUGUUCCACCAGCUGCCACUGCUAUGGAUUACUUUUAUGCUGCCUUUGUGUGCAUUUUGGAGAUUAAAAAUGUUGGUACCCAUUCACUUGCAUUGUGAGGACCUAUAGAGCUGAAAUAUUCUUUUAAAAAUCUUCGUUUGUGUUCAGCAGAAGAAAGAAAGUCAUACACAUCUGGGAUAGUAUG